UCAAAAUGAAACGAACGCCAGUUCUUUUCCUAAUCCCACUCUAUCCUUUUUAUCUCGGGACUCUCAGCAUUCUGAUCACUAUGGGACAACGAAGCGGCGGAACAAAGCCAUGCGGGCGAUAGUACGUUAGAAAGAAAAAGUAAGUUUAUUUGAUUUAAGCGAGGCGCAAACUGGGCGCGCAGGCACACUGCGUAUGCGUAAAAGUGGGCCAAAAUGUUCCUCGUCCUGCUCCUGGGGCUCUGCCUGGCCACGCUGGAACUUUUCUCCCCAGUGAGCUCAUGCCCUUCGCAGUGCAGCUGUUUUUACCAUAACUUGAGUGACGGAUCCAAGGCCAGAAGCGUGAUAUGCAAUGAUCCCGAUAUAUCUCUUGUGCCAGUCGGGUUCCCUGUUGACACAUCCAAACUGCGGAUUGAGAAAACAGCCAUCCAGCAGAUCCCAAGUGAAGCCUUCAGCUACCUCUCCAAUCUGGAAUUCCUCUGGAUGUCUUUCAACACCCUCUCAGCUCUGAGCCCGGAAAGCUUUCGGGGACUGUUUAACCUGGAAGAGCUUCGUCUGGAUGGGAAUACCCUCACUGCCUUUCCCUGGGAGUCUCUCAUAGAUAUGUCCAGUCUCAGACUCCUAGAUUUGCACAACAACCAGCUCACCUCGCUGCCCGCGGAAGCCACCACUUACAUCAAGAACCUCACCUACCUGGACUUGUCCAGCAACAGCCUGCUGACCCUGCCCAUGGAGGUGCUGACCAACUGGCUGGCUGCGAAGCCCUUGCAGGGCCCAGAGAGCUCCAAGAUGAUACUUGGUCUCCAUGACAACCCCUGGGUGUGUGACUGCCGACUCUAUGACCUGGUCCAGUUCCAGAAGUCUCCCACUCUUUCUGUGGCAUUUAUUGACACAAGACUCCGCUGUUCAUCACCAGAGAGCUUCUCAGGGGUCUUGUUCAGCGAUGCGGAGCUGCGGCAGUGUCAGCUUCCACGUAUCCACACAGCAGUGGCACGAGUACGGAGCGCUGUUGGGAACAACGUUCUGCUCCGCUGUGGGACUAUUGGGGUACCAGUGCCAGAUCUGACGUGGCGUAGGGCUGAUGGACAAAUGCUUAAUGGAACAGUCCAACAGGAAACAUCUAAGGAAGGAAUCACCUGGUCCAUCCUCAGUGUCCCAGCUGUGUCCUAUAGCGAUUCAGGGAAAUUCAUCUGCAAGGCAUCUAACUACGCAGGGAAUGCAGAGGCUGUAAUUUCUCUUGUUGUCUCUAGCCCACCAAGACCAGAAGGGAACCAAACAAACACAGACAAGAAGUCUAAAGUCAAGAAGCCAAACCCAGUGGGUAAAGCAGCCUACCAGGAGAAACUGGUGGCCAGAUAUGUAGUUCCAACUUCCACCUCAUCACCUUUGGCUGCUAUGGAUUCUGACAUGUUACCUGCUGCUGGCCCUGAUCCUCAACAGGUCAGAUACAUCCUAACUGAUGCAGCCACCCAGGAUCCCUCCACCUCCCCCAACUCAGAUGCACUACUGGAUCUGGAAAAGACUAAUCUCAGCAAUCUAGCAACGAACACUUCAUCCUUACAGCAGGACCCUGACAGGGUGGUACGCUCAGUGAAGGUGGUGGGUGACACGGACAAUACAAUAUCUCUGAAUUGGAGGGCACCUAAAGCAAAAAACACAACCGCUUUCAGUGUGCUGUAUGCUGUGUUUGGAGAGCGGGACAUGAGAAAGAUAAAUGUUGGAGCGGGGCAAAGCCGUGUAACUAUAGACGGGUUGGUGCCCAGGACCAAGUACAUUGCCUGCGUGUGCGUGAAAGGGCUGAUUCCCAAGAAAGAACAGUGUGUGAUAUUUUCCACUGAUGAAGCAGCUAGUGCAACUGGCACCCAAAAGCUGAUCAAUGUGAUUGUGAUCACCGUGGCCUGUAUCAUUGCAGUCCCACUCACUGUCAUUGUCUGUUGCGGGGCAUUGAAGAGACGCAUUAAAAAGUACUGGGGAAAGAAAUCAAAAGACAUCCAAGACUCAUACGUGACUUUUGAAACACUAUCCCCUGGCACAAAGGCCAAAGGGCUCGAGGGCGAGUACUUAAACAGACUGAACCAAGAAGAGUCUAACAGGCUGCUGUCAGCCCGCUCCAGCCUGGACUCCGAGUCAACAGCAAAGAUAGAGGGACAGCCUAAUGAGUACUUCUGCUGACGUCAUGCUCCAGCUCUGGCUCCUGCUCCACGCCAUCUUCCUCGCACUCACCCGCAUCCACAUCUGUGCAGCAAUCAGAAGCCCAAUGCCCAUCAGCACCAUUUUCAUCACCGCCCACAUCUCCGCUCACAUCCAUAUCCCCAGCACUACUCCUACUCUGACCCUACACAACAUCCUAACAUCAAUCCCCCUCCCACACGCGCCCAUACGCCCACGCCGUGGGAUUCCCCUCCACCGGUUCCUCCUCGCUGGAUAAUGCCACCAACUCCACCACCACAGAGACCCAACUUCUAUCAAAGGACUUUUGCACGCUGCACAAUAAUGGAAAUCUCAGUUUAAAGAAACUGGAUAGUUGCAGAAAAUUUUAUUCCUCUUGCAGAUUAUCAGUGGACUGUUGUGCAGCUGUCCAUCCAUAAUAGCUUUUGUGAGUAGAAAGACAUUAGCAUCACAGGAACUAUAUAGAGAAAAAGUAAAAUUUGCACAACCCAGUGAUAAAACCUUUUCAACCUAACCUGAUUUAAAGGGAAAACAACAGUACACACUCCAUUGUUUAUAUUAUAACGUAUGUAUGUGCAUGAUUUGUAAUUGUCCAGUGAAUGUUGUACACUUACAUAUACAGUUAAUUCUGUGCCUCUGUCUAUAUCUGUCAUAUGUUCACAGAGAAGAUAUACACAUAGGCAUGGUUCAACACUGGUAAAUGGAGGGCAGCUGGAGCUGGAGAGAAGUACAAAAAGGACUGAACUUACUGAACUAUGACACAUUGUAAAUAAGAUGGAAUGAAAAGUAAAAUCAUUUUUAUUCCCCAGCAAUGGAAACAUAGAAAAAUUUAAAUAUUCAUUUAAUGCCAGCUAGAGGCAUAUUAACCUCAUUUAAUGUAGAUCUGCUCAUUCCGAUCGCACCACACAUUUAAAAAAGAUUAAAUAAACUUUUAUAUAAAUUUA